AUGUCAGCACGCACAAGCCAUUGCAAACACAUGCAAACACGUACACAUACGCUGUGCCAGCUUGACAUCUCCCGGCGCGGUGGCUUCUCUGUGGGCCAGCGUGUAAAGGCCCGCUACCUUUCUGGCAGCUUCUACACAGCCACGAUCGAGGGCUUCUUGGCUGAGGGCAAAGUGCUGCUGCAGUGGGCCGAUGGUGAUGCGAACGACCGGAAGAAGUCGCCGGAGGAGCUGGUCCCCUGCGAUGCAUCCGGGCAUCCCUUGGGUAGUGCUGCCGAGGCCGCUGCGCGCCGGGACACCAAGGAGGCACAGACAAAGGUCGAGACGGAGGCGCCGGCGCCUGCACCGCCGAAGGCAGAGCUGACGCCCGCAGAGCGGGCCCAGGCGGAACGGAUCCGCGAGUUCCAGCGCCAGCGCCAGGGCGGAGAGCCAAAGGCGCCUGCCGAGCCGGCUCCAGCAGCUGCGCCAGCACCGCUGCUGCAGAAGGAGCCUUCGGCCGGAGAGUUGCCAGCUGCAGAGCGGCAAAAGCUGGAGGAACGGCUGCAAGUGCUGCGGGUGCAAUACUUCAGGCUCCAUGAGCAGAUCUCCGCAGACACCGCCUCAACGGAGAAGGAGAUGCAAGAACUGGUGCAGAGCGGCGCCGGUGAAAAGGAGCUCAUGAACUUCCGCAGUGAGCGCCUGAGUUUGCAAAGUGGCCAGCGGCUCGCAGCUUUGCAGAUCUCGAAACAGAUCAGCGAAGUGGAGCAGAAGUUGAACCCCGACCGCGGGCUCAGGAGCGAGCCAGAAACGAACGGCACUAAGGCCAAGGCCCGGCGCAUGAUGGGCGGCUAUCCUUCGGCUUCGUGUGCUGGGGAGGACCGCUCCCCGUCUCGCAGGCAACUCGACAUGCCUGGCAUAUUUGCGCCUGUGGCCCCGGAAGUGGGAGCUCGUGCAGGCAUUUCAGAAUGCGCCGCCCUCACCUGCUCGAUUUGCUUCAACAUCUUCGAGGAGCCGGUUACCUUGCCUCUGUGCGGCCACAGCUUUUGUCUGCGCUGUGUCAGAGGAGUGGCCGCUUGCCCCGUCUGCCGGGGACCCAUCGUGGAGGAACUGCCACCUGUUCCCAACUACACUCUCCGGGCUCUUCUGGAGGAGAUGCAACUGUCGAGACCUUGCGUUGAGAUAGCAGCCUGCGCCGACGGAUGGCAGCAGCUACGUGCUAAGGCCAGGAUCCACCAGCGAUGCAUGGCCUGCGAAGAAUAUCACUGUGAUGGGAUUUUCGGGUUUUGUUCGGUGUGCCUUGAUGCCGUCCGCCGAAUGAGCACCAGGCGGUUGCUAACCGCCGACGACAUCUUCCGCACACUUCCGGUCGAGGAAGUUCUGGAGAAGACUCGGCAGGCCAACCACCAAGCAAAGUUGUUCAACAGCCUGGAGUACCAAAGAAGAUACCUGGACGGAGUCAUUCCUCCUCUUCCUCAGCCAGUAUUUAUGCCAGGGCCGAUGUUCCGCAACCUCGUGGGAUCGGUGAAGAAGGGCCUCGAACCGCAGGCCUUGGCGGAGAAGUUGUCUGAGCUUGAGCACCCCGUCUUGUCCUCUGAGCAGUCGGAGUCGCUGCUGGAGAUCCUGCUGCAGGCGGUUGCCGACCCUUCGCGCGUCUACGAGUAUGAGCACAUCAUCUGUAGCCGUGUACUCGACUUCUGGAACCUUGCUGGGAACACAACCGGAGGAUGCUACUACGGCCUCACAUACGUUGAGGAUGCGCGACCCCUCACCCAGGGUGAUGCGAAGGAGCAGAUUUUUCUCCGCUGGCAUCGGAACUCUCAGUCCUUUCAGGAAGCCCGCAUGGACAGGAACACGCAGGAGUUCAUGAGGAGGAAGUUGCAGGCAUGA